AUGCAAUGGUUUCGGGAAGUUAGGUUUCUGAAACCUAACGUACAGUUUCGGAAAGUUAGGUUUCAGGAAGUUAGGUUUCGGGAAGUUGGGUUUCCGUUAGUUAGGUUUCCGAAACAUAACUUACGGAAACCUAACUUCCCGAAACCUAACUUCCUGAAACCUGACUUCCCGAAACCUAACUUUCCGAAACCUAACUUCCUGAAACCUAACUUCCCGAAACCUAACUUUCCGAAACCUAACUUCCCGAAACCUAACUUUCCGAAACCUAACUUCCUGAAACCUAACUUCCCGAAACCUAACUUUCCGAAACCUAACUUCCUGAAACCUAACUUCCCGAAACCUAACUUUCCGAAACCUAACUUUCCGAAACCUAACUUCCUGAAACCUAACUUCCCGAAACCUAACUUCCCGAAACCUAACUUUCCGAAACCUAACUUCCCGAAACCUAACUUCCUGAAACCUAACUUCCUGAAACCUAACUUCCCGAAACCUAACUUCCUGAAACCUAACUUUCCGAAACUGUACGUUAGGUUUCGGAAAGUUAGGUUUCGGGAAGUUAGGUUUCGGAAACCUAAC